AAAUUAUCACACACAAAAAUACUUCAAUUUCCACUAUUACACACUCUUCUCUUCUUCCAUAAUUCAAUUCCCUUUCAAAUCUAUUCCCAUGGCCACCGAAGAACCAAUUAUCGCCGUUGAACCUGUGCCUGAGCCAGCGAUCGCCGAACCUCCAGCCUCUGAGAAAGUGGAGGAACCAAAAGUUGAAGCUGGGAAGACGAAGAAAACGAAGGAAUCCAAACCUAAGAAAGCUUCCAAGCCACGAAACCCUGCUUUGCAUCCUACUUACGAAGAGAUGAUUAAGGAUGCAAUUGUGUCGUUGAAGGAGAAGAACGGUUCGAGCCAAUACGCAAUUGCGAAAUUCAUUGAAGAGAAGCACAAACAGCUUCCUGCUAACUUCAAGAAGCUAUUGCUCCAAAAUCUGAAGAAAAAAGUUGCUUCUGGAAAGCUCGUUAAAGUUAAAGGCUCAUUCAAGCUCUCUGCAACGGCUAAGAAGCCAGUAGUUGCCAAACCGAAGACAAAGCCAGUAGCUGCAAAGGUGAAGUCUGUGAAGGCUAAGACAGCCGCUAAGCCAAAAGCUAAAGCUGUUGUUAAGCCAAAGGCUGCUUCAAAGGCCAAAUCUGUUACUACCAAGCCCAAAGCUGCUGCUGCCAAGCCCAAAACUACCGUCAAGCCUAAAGCUGCUGCCGAACCCAAAGCUGCCAUCAAGCCCAAAGCUGCUGCUAAGGCUAAAACUGUUGCUAAGCCCAAAGCAGCUGCGAAACCAAAGCCCGCAAAGGUUGCAAAGACAUCGACGAAGACUACACCAGGAAAGAAAGUUGCUGUUGCGAAGCCUGCGCCUAAGAAAGCUCCUGUGAAGAGUGUUAAGUCUCCAGCCAAGAAGGCUUCCGGUGUGAAGAGAGGGGGAAGGAAAUGAGAGCAUUGUCUUUUAGCUUUUGCAGUGUAAAAAUCUUGUGUUCGCUUUGUCCAAUACAGUUAGUUUAUACUAUAAUAUAGUAGUUUAUUAUUACAUA